AUGGAGGCAGUGCUGAUCGUCCUGUGCUCGCUGCUCGUGCCGGCGGCUGUGGCAGACGUGGCCACCCAGGAGGAGGAGGACCCCUUUAACUAUGCUUACCAGAGCCUGAGGAUCGGGGGGCUGGUGUUUGCGGUUGUCCUGUUCACCGUUGGCAUUCUCCUUAUUCUCAGCAGGAGGUGCAGGUGCAGUUUCAACCAGAAGCCCAGAGCUCCAGGGGAUGAGGAGGCUCAGGCUGAGAACCUGAUCACCUCAAACGCAACGGGAGCUCAGAAAACGGAGAACUGA